AUGACUACAUUACAAGUAUACGCACACAGACUAGGCGAUCCUAAUCUGGCAAUCAGCCUCAAAGUGACGAUUGCGAAUGAACUGCGUGAUCAAGUCGAAGUCUUUCAAACACUCGAGUACCCACGUUUCCUGUCAACUCUUAUUCCGGUAUUCUUGGAUAUCUUACAAAACGGUACACCAGUUUUUGUGAGCAAUGCACCUGAACAGAAAUUACGAAACAUCAUCCUCGAGAUUAUAUUUAGAUUGCCACAAACAGAAGCACUCAAGGAUUUUGCGUCUGACAUAUGCAAAACCCUGAUGUAUUUAAUGCGAGUAGAAAAUGAAGACAACGCCGUAGUUUGUGUCAAAAUUAUCAUUGACUUGCACAGAACCUAUAAAAACGUAGUUGAAGAUCAAGUUCAGCCUUUUCUUGAGAUUGUCCAAGAAAUCUUUUGUAAUAUGGAACAAACAGUUAAAGACGCCUUUGACGCUCCAAGUACACCAGCUGGAUCUGCAACACCCGGUCCUAAUCCACUUUCAGCUACAUCACCUCGUCCAAUGUCACCGGCAGCAGACACCCCAGAAACACCAUCAAAAAUACUCCCAAAGAGUCUUUUUAGUUUCAAGGUUCUCACUGAAUGCCCAAUCAUAGUUGUUCUCCUUUUUCAAUCUCAUCGACGACUGGCACAAGAAAAUAUUAUGAAAUUUCUACCUUUGAUUUUUGAAACAUUGAGUCUGCAAGCAAAACCACAAGUUGAAGCAGCUAAUGCAGCAAGAGCUAAAGGAGAAGUAUUUGUGGGUGUCAGUCCAGAAAUCAAAAACAGAAGUGUAUAUUGCGAUUUUAUUGUUGCUCAAGUCAAGACAAUGUCUUUCUUGGCUUACAUACUGCGUAGCUAUACUCCACUUCUAAGACCAUACCAGAAUCAAAUCCCAGAUUUUGUAUUACGCUUAUUGCGUGAAUGUCCACCCGAAUCUUCAGGAACACGAAAGGAAUUGCUCGUUGCAACAAGGCACAUCCUCUCGACCGAAUUACGAUCAUCCUUUGUUCCAAAAAUCGACUUACUAUUAAAUGAAAAAGUAUUAAUAGGUACUGGAGUUACUUCCUAUGAGUCACUGAGACCUCUAGCCUAUAGUAUGCUGGCUGAUUUAAUUCAUCAUGUCCGAUCUGAACUUACUCCGGCACAGCUUUCUCGAACCGUGUACAUAUAUUCGCGAAACCUUCACGAUGCCUCACUGGCGCCGAGUAUCCAAACAAUGUGUGGAAAGUUACUACUCAACUUGAUGGAUUGUAUAAUGAAAAUUACCAACAAAGCAGAGGGACGAGAGCUGCUGAUGCGGAUACUCGAUGCAUUUGCUAGCAAGUUUGCUGCAUUAAAUAUCCAAUUUGAUGCUUGUGUGAAGCAUUACAAGAAAAAGAAACAGCAAGCAGAAGAUGAAAACGCAGUUGAAGAAGACGAUUUCAAUUUCGAUCGCUCAAGAUCAAUUCACACAGCAGCAUUUUUACCAGACACAGCACAGGAUGGAAUUAAAGAUGGGCGAUUCCUCUUUAAAAAUCUUGCAAUUGGUUUAAAGCCCUUGUUUAUUGGUUUGCGAUAUUGUAAUCCAAUGCCAGGCCCUGAUGUCAAUCCACAGGCUUUCAAUCAGUUUGGGAGAGGAUUCAGCCAAGACGAUAUUGAGAUUUUUUUGAGAAUGUUCAGAGAAGGUCUGAUGUGCUUUGAAUAUUACAAUGUCGAUCACUACGCAGCUGACGGCUCACCCCCAAAUCACACCGCUGCAAACCAAUCCGAAAAAAAUGAGAGUUCGAUAGGAUCCAAUGAAUUAACCCUAAAACUGGGAACACAGAUACCCAAUGAGAAAGAGAUACUUGACCUCUUCUCCAUCGUAUUCACUCUCCUGGAUCCUGCCGUAUUCCAAGAAAUAUUUGCAUCCCAAAUGGAAUUCUUUUUCAACAGGAUGCUCAUCAACACUACUCUACUUCACAUCGCACAAUCUUUCCUCUUCAAUGAAAUCACAUCCCAAGGAUUUGUGGGGAUUCUCAUUCGCUUCUUGGUCGAUCGAAUUGAUCGUCUUGGAGAAGAAGACAUGCAUUAUUCAGCAGUCAUGCUCCAUCUCUUCCGAUUGGCUUUUAUGGCAGUCAACUUGUUCCCAGACACAAAUGAGGCCAUCUUACAGCCUUAUUUAAGUAACUUGGUAAUGGGUUGCUUCAAACUGGCCACCAAAGCAAAAGAACCUGCAAACUACUUUUUGCUAUUGAGAGCCUUGUUCAAGAGUAUUGGUGGAGGUCGAUUUGAGCUGCUAUACAAGGAAGUCUCCCCCCUGUUGCAAGUCCUUCUCGAAAAUCUCAAUUCCCUCUUAACCCUUGCACACAAACCAGAGAUGCGUAAUCUGUUUGUUGAGCUAUGCUUGGCUGUCCCUGUUCGUUUGAGUACAUUACUUCCGUAUCUACCUUACCUGAUGCGUCCACUUGUCAUUGCUCUUCAGGCUGAUCAAGAACUAGUUUCGCAAGGUCUUCGAACAAUGGAGCUUUGCAAUGAUAAUCUGAACCCAGAAUUUCUUGACCACAUCAUGGCACCCGUCAUGAAGGAGCUCAUGGAUGCUCUUUGGAGUCAUCUUAAACCACUACCUUACAACCAACAACACAGCCACACAGCCAUGAAGAUUCUUGGUAAGCUUGGUGGUCGCAAUCGACGUAUGCUCAAGAGCCCCCCGAAGCUGGCCUUCAACCAAAGAAUCGACAGUGGAGUAUCCGUCGAAGUUAUAUUUGAUCCCAGUACCACACCCCACACCCUCUCACUUGACAAAUCUCUCGAAGUUGCAGUUCGUACACUCGAGCAGACCGACGUUGAUUUGUUUUACAAAAAACAUGCAUACGAAUUCCUCAAAGCCAAUAUUGCACUCAUGCUGGAACUUGAAGAUGGACCGGAUGACUUGGCUCAAUCUCUUUAUAAGGGUAAAGAUAAACCACUAUCAGAAGGAGAAAACACAGUAGUUGGAUCAGCUUUGAAGGAAAAUGGCAUGAAGCCAAAACGGCUUUCUGGGAACGGCUACACAAAAUACCUUUCUAAGCGUGUUGCCCAAGAAGACGCUCUUCGCACAAUUCUUGUGUCGAUCAUGAGAGCCUCAACUAUCCCCGAGUUAGCCGACGAUGCCUGGCCAUUCUUCCGCAACAUUUGUCGCCAUUUCACUUUGCUACACAUCGGUGAGGCCAUGGAGGCAAAGGAAAGCGGAAACAAACCUCUGUCGGAUAUGAUGGACGAACGCCUGGCAGUACAAAAUCUCAACACAACACUGCUGGUAGAGGCCAUAGUCAAGGUUAUUGCAUCUGAAGACCUAAGACUUCGCAAAAGAGCAGAAGAAGCUCUUCAGAUCUGCUUCCAGACUGCCUCAAGCGUUAUGGGCGGAAAAGAGCACGUCUGGCACUUGCCUAUUUUCCGUGUAUUUGCUUCUCAGUUCUGUUCUUGCUGUUAUAAACAAGAGUGGUAUAAGAAACGCGGUGGCUGUCUUGGUAUCUCUAUCAUGAGCUCGCAGCUUGAUAUGGGGACUCGUUGGAUGCGUGAACAUGAACUUGAUUUUAUUCGCUCUCUUCUAUUUGUACUCAAGGAUGCUGCACCAGAAAUGGCUAACGUCAACACAGCAGAGGCCACUCAGACCCUUUCGCACGUUCUCAAGGUCUGCAACCGGCCUGAGGAUGAUGAAUCUCCAGAAAUUCAACAAAAGUUCCAGAACCUUAUCGCUCUCCUGCUUAGUGAGCUGUCAAAUUCCAAUAGUACGGUGCGCGAGACCAUUCAAUCUUCUUUCCAACUUUUGGCCGAUUUGACCGGUAAUGAAGUUACCGAGCUUCUUACUCCUGUUAGAGAGCGUCUUGUAGCCCCAAUUUUUGCAAAGCCGUUGCGUGCCUUACCGUUUGCCAUGCAGAUCGGACACAUCGAUGCUAUAACGUACUGCCUGACACUUCGUCCUCCAUUUUUGGAAUUCAAUGACGAAUUGAUUCGACUACUCCACGAAGCUCUUGCGCUCGCGGACGCCGAAGAUCAAGCUCUAGUGAGCCGUAGCUCGCAAUACAAGAAUGCAAAUUCCCUAAUGAACCUGCGUAUCGUGUGUAUCAAACUUUUAUCGGCUGCGAUGGCAUGUUCCGACUUUUCCAACCAGCGCCAAACCCACACACGUGCACGUAUUAUCCAGGUUUUCUUCAAGUCACUUUAUUCAAAAUCUGCCGAAGUAGUCGAAGCUGCCCACAGAGGACUCAAGCAGGUUCUUGCGCAACAACAUAAGCUCCCCAAAGAACUUUUGCAGCAGGGAUUACGCCCUAUCCUUACUACGUUGUCGAACCACAAGACUUUGAACGUAGCCGGACUUGAAGGUCUAGCUCGUCUAUUGGAGCUUUUAACCAAUUACUUCAAGGUCGAGAUUGGUAAAAAACUUUUGGACCAUCUUAAACAAUGGGCCGAGCCAAAGGUUCUGCAAGAAGCUGCUGGAAAAUCGCUAAGCGAAAACCAUGAAGUCAAGAUCAUUGUGGCUAUCCUCAACAUUUUCCAUCUCUUACCCGCUGCAGCGCACAUAUUCUUGGAUGAUCUUGUCACUGUUGUAUUGGACAUGGAGGAACACUUGCGACGAACUAUAUCGAGUCCUUUUAGACCCAACUUGAUAAAAUAUCUUAACCGUUAUCCAACAGAGACAAUCAAGUACUUUUACGAGAAGCUCAAUAACCCUCGUUGCAGCCGUCUUUUUGUUGACAUCUUAAGUACUGAAUGUGCAUCUCAGCUCCGUGAUGAGGUCGCAAAGCAAUCUACAGAGUUAAUUCACCGGACCUUCCAGAUACCCGAUAGCUUAUCUAUGCAUUACCAAGGUGUCUUGAUAGUUCGUGAAAUUGUUAUGUACGAUUCAAACUGGCUUGCUUCUCAACCCCAAGUCAUGGAUUGCCUUCUCAAUCUCUGGAGAUCAUCCACUCGUUUCGAGAGAAUGAAAAAGGAAGAUGGUCAGGGUACACUUGUAACACGCGAGUCUCUCUACUUGGCCCGUAUUUUCAUUACCCAUCUGAAAUCUCACCCUGACGAUAUUGAGCUGAUCUUUGAACUUGUCUCCAUGUUUGCUCAAGACUCUGCUGUUGAUCUGUCUUUCUUAAGAGCCUAUUUCUUAGAAGAGGUGGCACUAAAGUACACCCCUGCAAGAAAGCGCAAAUUGCUUGAUGCAUUUUUACAGCGCUACUCGGAUAAUUCGAUUUCAUCUUAUCUCAAGAUGAUGACCCUGCGUCACGUAAUCAAUCCAGCACUCUUGGUGGCUCUUGUGCGCAAGGACAAUGGACCGGCUGAGAUUUUUGAUACAAAAAUGCUAGAGCAACUCGAGGUCAAGGUUUGGGCCUAUUUUAUGUCCGAGACUUCAGAAGAAAACCAGUACACCGAAGAUUCUCUCAGGAUUGAAAUGCUCCAGAUGACAGCUAUGCUUAUUCAGUAUGCACCUCAACUUUUGACAGAUCUACGCAAAGAAGUCAUCAAAUUUGGUUGGAACCACCUUCGUUUAGAAGAUGCAACAAGUAAGCAGGCGGCAUAUGUGCUUAUUUCCCGCUUUAUCGCUACAUACGAUAGUCCAAGCAAGAUUGCAAUCCAGAUAUAUGCUGCUCUUUUACGCGCUCACUUGUCAGAGGCUCGUGUACUGGUAAAACAAGGUCUCGAUAUUCUUGCCCCAGUUCUUCCUAAGCGGGUGCCUUUGCAAGGAGCAGAAAGGAUGCCAACCUGGGUUCGUCUCACACGCAAGGUGGUAGUGGAAGAUACCCACAGUAUAUCUCAACUUGUCAAUGUCUACCAACUAUUGGUACGCCAUCCAGACCUCUUUUAUGACUACCGCGAGCACUUUUUGCCUCAGAUCGUCAACGCACUUCCUAAGCUUGGACUCCUUCCGAAUGCAACGCCCGAACACAAGUUGCUCACCGUCGAAUUGUCAGAGCUAAUUCUCAAAUGGGAGAGGGCGCGACUUUCUGCCCAGAACCCAGAGCAAGAGCCAGGAACUCAGUCUCCAGAGAAAAGAAAAGCGGAUACAUCAAUGGAUGGACCACGAAAGAAGUCUCAAAUUGAAGACGCGACCGGAGAGUUGAAGAGUAUGACUCUGGAGAGUUUACCUACAGGGAAAGACUAUGCACCCAGUCUUGCUCUGCGUGAGAACCUAACUGGGUAUCUGGUCCGUCUGGCAUGUGCUCUUUACAUGGCAACAGAUCAAAUUCAGCGCAGACUGGUUCAACGCACAAUCGAUUUGAUCAGAGAAUUACUUACUCCCACAUUGUGGCCUGAUGUUCACAUCAAGUUCUCGCAUCUUGAACGUACUUUGACAGUCAAGGAGAUGACAGAUAUGAUAUUGCCAAGUGUCUGUAGCGCACUCGAAAUCCUUACUAUUGACAUAAACCACAAGCCUUCUGAAUGGUUCAUUGUUAAUAUGAGCCAGCUUUAUCGUCUAUUGGAAACAAGCAUCAAGUCCGAUCACGCCAGAGUUCAAACUGCCCUCUACCCUGCACUUGUCCGUAUUUUCAAGGCUAUUCAUGAAACAACUAGAGCAGACAGUGCUGAGCAAGAAGCACAAACUUCUGAUGUGACUGGAUUUGUUUCUUUGGUCGAUUCUAUUAUUACAGAUGGUAUCACCAAUCUGAACAAUACGUUUGCUGUCCUAAAACUUCUCCAAGCAGCCUGCAGUAGCAGAAGUGAGCACUUGGACCCAUUUGUACCCGGUCUAAUCAAGAUGCUUCAAAAGUUGACUAAGGAGCACACAGUUCCUUCCCAUGUGUCUUCUACAGUUGGACAAGAUUCUCACGUGAACCUUUUGAUUAUUGGUCUAAAUCUGCUCCGUAAACGUAUUUCUCACCUGGGUGACCAACGUCGCUGGUUCUUAACAUGCAUGAUCCAGCUUAUUGAAAAGUCUCCAGACGUUCAACUUUUGAGAGCUAUUUUGGAAAUGAUCAGCGAAUGGACCUUGAGCAAGACAGAGACCUUCCCAACCAUCAAAGAAAAGGCCGGAAUGCUUGUGAAAAUGAUGACUUUUGAAGGUCGCGGUGAUCCCAAACUCACUGAAGAUUUUCUCAAGUUGGUCAUCGAGAUCUACAGUGAUCCAAACUUUGCUCGGUCUGAACUUACUGUACGCCUCGAACAAGCCUUCUUACUCGGAACUCGCAGUGAAAACCCUCAGAUUAGAACAGAGUUCAUGCGAGUGUUCGAUCGCAGUGUUGGCCGAUCUCUUUACAGCCGUUUGAAUUACAUCCUUGGUGUCCAAAAUUGGGAUUUCCUAUCCAACACUUUCUGGCUUCACCAAGCACUUGAUCUCUUGCUGGGAGUUGUAAAAGUUAACACACGUGUGUCAUCUCCACAUACCCUAAAAGUCAAAUCUAUCCGAAACAUCGUCAGUCCUGAAGAAUCCGGAGAUACAGAAGUGCCUUCUACAGUCAAUAGCUUAAUCGAAAGCCACCAGGAGUUUUUGAAAGAAUUGCGCGACUAUGAUAUGAACAACUUGGUUGGCUCUUCCCGACAAUUACAAUACCUCGAUGCAGACACCACAUUUAACCUUUGGGUAGAACUUUUCCCAAUGUGUUGGUCUACCCUAACAAGUACCGAACGCCACGACCUAACCAAGGUUAUUAUUAAUUUGCUGUCCAAAGAUUACCACAACAAGCAGACAGAGAAGAGACCCAAUGUGAUUCAGGCUCUUUUGACGGGUAUUGCACGCACGACUGUUAUAAUUAAACUACCACCUCAUUUGGUCAAGUAUCUCGGAAAGGCGCACAAUGCCUGGCAUACUGCUAUUGAAAUUCUUCAACAAACGGCCACAACCGGAAGAAUCGCCGAGUCUUCCAAAGAUGAUCAGAACAAUAGAGAACGUACUCUUGAUGCAUUGGCAGAUAUGUACUCAAGCUUAAGUGAACAAGACAUGUUUUAUGGAUUAUGGAGACGAAGAAGCACUUACAGCGAAACCAAUGUAGCAGUAUCGUGUGAACAGAGUGGGAUGUGGAUGCAAGCCCAAAAUAUGUACGAAAAUGCCCAAAUCAAGGCACGCAGUGGGGUUCUUCCAUUCACCGAGUCAGAGUACAUGCUGUGGGAAGACCAUUGGAUUGCAUGCACUCAGAAGUUACAGCAGUGGGAUAUUCUGACGGACUUGGCAAAGCACGACGGCAACAUAAACCUUUUACUCGAGUGUGCCUGGCGCUUAUCUGACUGGACUGCUGAACGUGAGCUUCUUGAACAGUCUUUACACCAAGUGGCCGAUACACCUACACCGCGUCACAAGGUGUUCGAGGGAUUCCUUUCCCUUAUCAAGUCACACACAAGUGAGGAGAGACUAGUUGAAUUUACUCGUAUCUGCGAAGAAGGUGUACAAUUAUCAUUGCGAAAAUGGCACUCCUUACCACCAAUUGUAUCCCAAAGUCAUUUGCCACUACUUCAGAUAUUCCAACAGUAUCUUGAACUUCAAGAAGCAAGUAAAAUAUUCGAGAGUCUAGCAAGCACUACUGCACAAAAUCUUGAGCAACAAUCGGCAGAGUUGAGAAGUAUCUUGGGUACAUGGCGUGAGAGAUUACCAAACACAUGGGAUGACAUAAAUGUGUGGAGCGAUUUGGUAGCUUGGAGACAGCACAUAUUUAGUGCAAUCAACCGUACAUACCUGCCUCUUAUUCCUUUACUUCAGCCACAGCAUGGACCAGCAAAUUCUGGAAGUGGAAACUCAUUUGCUUACCGAGGCUAUCAUGAAACAGCUUGGAUAAUCAACAGAUUUGCUCACGUUGCUCGAAAACAUCAGCUUUACGAUGUCUGUAUCAAUUAUCUCACAAAGAUUUAUACAUUACCAAACAUUGAAAUUCAAGAAGCAUUUUUGAAGUUACGAGAGCAAGCUAAAUGCUAUUACCAAAAUCAAUCCGAGAUGACAGCUGGAUUGGAUGUGAUCAAUAACACCAAUUUAAUGUAUUUCACCAACCAACAAAAGGCCGAGUUCUUCACUCUCAAGGGAAUGUUCCUUGCCAAGUUAAAUCAAAGUAACGAAGCAAAUGAAGCAUUUGUAAAUGCUGUGCAGAUUGAACUUUCUUUGCCACGUGCGUGGGCAGAAUGGGGCCGCUACAAUGACAGAAGAUUCAAAGAACUUCCUAAAGAUCUUAGCUGGGCUAAUAACGCAGUAAGCUGUUAUUUGCAAGCUGCAGGAAUUUACAAGAAUGCAAAGGCACGAAAGUAUCUUUUGCGUGUUCUCUGGCUACUUAGUCUUGAUGAUCAGAGCGGAACGAUUUCGCGUGCCUUUGAGGGAUACAAAGGAGACUGGCCAGUGUGGUACUGGAUUACCUUUAUUCCCCAGCUUUUGACUGCACUGCAACAUAAAGAAGCAAGACACGCGCGUGCAAUAUUGAUACGCAUUGCCAAGCAGUAUCCUCAGGCUUUACACUUCCAGCUGCGUACUGCAAAGGAAGAUGUAAUGAAGCGUAUGGCUACACCAGCCAAUCCGACGGUGGAUACACAGGGUCAAGGAAACUCAAUGGGAGGAGAACAAGCGAACGAAUCAACACCGUCUACUGCUACGCCUACGAAAAACAAUGAUGGUGGACAGGUUCAAGCAAAUAAUACUCCCGAACAGAGUCAAAGUCAACCCGGCCAUAGCGCACCUCAUGUAGUUCAUGCACCUCAAUCAGCUCACGUAGUUCAUGGAGCGCAUGGACCUCAUGGACCUCAUUUAUCUCAUGUACCUCAUCAGACAAAUGCACCACCACCUGGAGUAACACCUGGAGCAAUGCCUGGAUCAGCGCCAGGAUCAACACAUGGAAUAACACCCGGGUCAACUCCAGGAUCGGCACCAGGGAUGCCCAAGGGACCUCUUCCUGCUAACCUGGGAAUGGGUUCAUUGACAGCCCAUCCUUUGGAUGAGAUUAUGGCAAUGUUAAAGACUGGUUAUCCUUUGCUUGCCCUUUCAAUGGAAACCAUGGUGGACCAAAUUCAGCUUAAAUUUAAGCCUCAAGCAGAUGAAGAUAUGUAUAGACUAGUUGUAGCACUCUACAACGAAGGUGCACAGCAACUUUUAACUCGCCUGACAAAUCCUGGAGAUGCACUUCAGCUUGCCCAGGCCACUGUAUCAAACAUUGUUCGAUUUGCAGAUAGUCUAUAUCCUGGCCACAUGAAGACGGCAUUUGUAAAUGACUUUGCAAAGACGAAAUUGAAUUUGGAAGAGUAUGUUGCCAAACUUCGAUUGUGGCGUGAUAAGUUUGAAGCCAUGUUGGAUGCUCGACCAAGAAAGCAAAAAUUGGAAGCUUCUUCUAGCUAUCUUGCUGAAUUCCAUCACUCUCGAUUUGAUGAUGUAGAGAUUCCUGGACAAUACCUUUUGCUCAAGGACAAUGCCAAUGACUUUUUACGUAUCGAUCGAUUCUUGCCCGAGGUUGAAGUAGUUCGAAACUACGGCAAUUGCUACAGAAGAUUGACUAUCAGAGGUAAUGAUGGCACGCUACAUCCUUUUGUUAUUCAGAAUCCAGCUGCACGCCAGUUCCGUCGGGAAGAGCGGUUAAUGCAGCUCUUCCGUAUUCUGAACAGUGUCUUGGAGAGACGCAAGGAAAGCCGAAUGCGAAACCUCUCUUUCCAUCUCCCUGCAAUUGUACCCCUUGCUCCCAAUGUACGCAUGGUGCAAGACGAUCCAUCAUAUUGCACACUUUAUGACAUAUACGAAGACCACUGUGAUGAGGUUCAUAUGCAUAAAGACGAUCCAUUAGUAUAUUUCGUAGAGAAAUUUAAGAAUAAUGUAAACACAAAGAAAGAUGUUUUUAAUCAAAAGACCGAGUUGAUAAACCUGAGAAUGGAGAUUAAUGAUGAGAUAGCGAACACAAUGGUGCCUCCUAAUAUAUUGAGCAAGUACAUGUUGAACACAAUGGACUCUUAUACCGAUUAUUGGAUGCUGCGCAAACAAUUUACAUCGCAAUAUGCCACAGCAACAUUUAUGACCUAUAUUUUCAGUGUUGGUCACCGUACACCCCAUAAGAUUGCUAUAUCACGCAGUACAGGCAAUGUUUUGAUGACUGAACUUUUGCCAGGCUGGAAUCAAGCCAAUCCUAUGUUUGGGAAUGGUGAAGCUAUCCCAUUCCGCUUCACACCAAAUAUCCAAGAGUUUAUUACACCUGUUGGAAUAGAAGGAUUAUUUACUAGCUGUCUCAUGGCCACAGCACGCAGCCUUACUGAACCAGAACUUGAGUUAGAUCAAUAUCUGAGUUUGUUUGUAAGAGAUGAGUUGGUUACCUGGCAUAUGGCCAACCACCGAUCUGUUACUGAUGUUCAGUUCCGUGAGAGAGUCAACAAUAACGUUCUGCAAAUAAUGACAAAAGCGCAAUUCUUGUCAUGCAAGGCAGAGCGUGAGAAUACCAUCAAUGCUAAUAAACCAACAAAUCAGAAUGUUAUUGACUUGAUUUCACAAGCCAGUAAUCCACAAAAGAUGGGUCAAAUGGAAUGCACCUGGAUGCCUUGGUUAUAAGCCAAAGGAUCAAAAUCCUUAAAUAAGAAAUAUAUAAAAAUAAAAUAAAAAUACAAAUACAAAUAC